AAACGUUACAAUACAAAUAGUUCUGCGCUGUUUUGAAAAAGGAACUGAAAAAUGAAUUCUCUCAACUCAACCCUCGCCAAUGAAGACAACUCAACCACAAUUGAAGAAAUCGAGAAGAUGUCCCCUUUAAUGAUGAACAUAUUCUAUUGUCUGUAUGCCACAAUCUUUACACUGGCUUUUGUGGGAAACAUUUUUGCGCUCAUAACAUGCUACAAGACUUACAAAGUGACGACCUCCGUGUUAUUGUGCUUCAUCGCAAGUUUAGCUUUGGCCGACUUAAUGUUUACGUUAUUAUCCAUUUUUGAUUUGAUCGCCUUCAUUGGUCAUGGUGACUGGUUCGGCGGAGAUCCCGUGUGCAAGAUUCAGAGUUUUCUCAUCGAGUCCUGCUAUACUGUCUCUAUUCUAACCUUAGUAGCAAUCAGCUACGAGCGUCUGAAAGCUGUUUCUUCGCCCGUCUUGGCCCGUGCGCAGUCGACUGAUAACCGUUCACUAAUUCUCAAGAUUAUUUGGGUGAUUGGAAUUGUGUCCUGUACUCCUUUGCUGUACGCGUAUUCCGUGAAAAGAGAUGAAAAAAGUGGCCCGUCGUUAUGCCUCAACGAUUACAUGGGAGAUGAUGGAAGACAAAUUUACUACGCAAUCCAAGCUGUGCUUCUAUUUCUGUUACCUCUGGGAUUUAUGAUCUGGGCGCAUUUCAGAAUUUUUCAGCAUCUCUCGAACCAUGCGAGGACAAGAGUCAGUCUUCGAACGGAUUCCAGAGAUAGACUUCAACAGAAGAAAGUCACUAAAAUGUUGGCCAUAGUAACUCUUGUAUUUUUCAUCUGCUAUGGGCCAUUCAUGAUAAUACGCACUCUAAGGUACUUUUACGUGUAUAACGGAGAUGCUGUGUGGCGGCUAAGUCAAAUAAUGAUUUUUGGACAGGCUGCAGUGAAUCCCAUCAUCUACUGUUUUUGCAGCAAGCAGUUUCGCUUCUCCUACAAAGACUUGAUUCACUGCCGCGGCUUCCGGAAAACUGAUACACGAAAACCAAGGUCAUCUUCAACGAAAUCAACCUCAAGUGUUCGAUCACAGAAAAUUUCUGGAAUGAACGAAUUUAGAGUAGGGCAGGUUAAUCAUGUUUAGAGCCCAAAACACUGAUUAAAAUUUAGACUUUGAAAUUGUAUGCUUGGUUCGAACCUCCUUCGAAAAACAAUUUUAGCAAGUCAGAUUGCAAAGAAAUCCUACACGAAAGUUCGGCUUCCUAGGUAAUAUCAACAGAACUAUUCAGUUAACCUUGAGAAAACACGCAAUAAACUUCUGCUUCAUCACUGAUAAGUUUCUUUGAAGCGCGUAAUGAAAUUAUGAUAAUUGCUUCCGUCACGCCAAUUCCUGCGACAGUGAUAUCUCUUUAGUGAUGAAAUUUUAUGUGACGAAGUUAAAUAAUAGGUUAAUAGGACAGUAAACAUCUGUGUGAAAUGAUAAGAAAAAGACGUACAGGGAUCAGCGAAGGAGAGAGGAGUUUGACGUAGACUAUAUACGAUACGCUUCUCAAGUUCAAGCAAAUUCUGCGAAAGGUUUAAAACGUCACGAACAUGUUGGCCCUUUGAUGUAAUACCCUGUCACCUAUGACCGUCUCUGACAGACCGUGAAAAAUUGUGCGACAACGCGCACGUAUUACCAAGAACUGUUCCAACAUUUAUGAUAUCGACUGUGGUCAGUUAAGUGUGUCAAAAAUUUAAAAUUUCUUUUGAGUGAGCACUUAACAGAUUUUGAUUCAUUAAGAUUUUUUAGGAGAUGGAGUCAACAAUUUUUUUUUACCUUUACACCAGUGUUUCUUUCUUGAGGAUAAAACGAGUGGGUUACAAACAAAUACAAGAUGCAGGGGGUAUAAGAUUUUAGAAAAAAAAAUAGUAUUGUAAUGAGGACUUAUUGUUUUGGAUAGCUUAAAUAUUGUUCCUGCAUCAAUAUCAGUCCACUUCAAAGGAAACACCGAAGGGUCGAUAAAUAAUAAUAAAAGCUUCUUUUGUUGACGAGAA